GACCCCUUCAUCCCCCACCACACCACACCACAGGCACCCCCUUAGCGGUUAGGGUGCGGGCCGGGGCAGCGCCGGUGGGCAGGUGUGCGAAACAGCGGGCGGGAGAGAGAGGCAGGCCGGCGGCUGGGGCGACUGGCCGGGAGCCCGCCAAGCUGGCGACCGGUGAGGGCAGAGGCGGGCUGGGAAGUGACAGCCCGCCAAGGGAGACCCUUCCCCACCCACAGUUCCUUCCCCGAAGCGGCGGAGAUGGGGGCGGUCCCCGGCGGCCCCCACCCCUCCAGAACUGCCGUUGAGGCAGUUGUUCUCCCGCCGCCUCCCCCCCCGCGCCCGGCUCCCUCCUCCCCUGCCCCCUCCCGCCGGGCUCGCCAGGCCCGCGCGCGCCGCCGCCGCACAUGUGCAGUUGGGCGCCUCCGCAGCAGCGCGGCGGCGGCGGGUGCUGCCGCUCCGCGCUUCAGGUCGCUGUCUGGGGGUGGCGGCGGGGGAUGGAGCCGGUUCUCUCUGUCUUCGGCCGCUCAGAAAAUAGCAUCAUUGUCUCUGUGCCCUGCAUUCGUCAAGAUUUUAAGAGGACUGGUUUUUAGUCUUGGAUAACAUGGCAAAAGAUGCUGGACUGAUUGAAGCCAAUGGAGAGCUUAAAGUGUUUAUAGACCAAAACCUAAGUCCUGGAAAAGGGGUUGUUUCUCUAUUGGCUGUUCAUCCUUCUACAGUAAAUACACUUGGAAAACAGCUCCUGCCAAAAACAUUUGGACAGUCUAAUGUCAACAUUGCACAACAAGUGGUUAUUGGUACACCUCAGAGACCUUCAGCGCCAAAUACUAUCCUGGUAGGAAGUCCACAUACACCUAAUACACAUUUUGUAUCACAGAACCAGACUGCUGAUUCUUCACCAUGGUCUGCUGGGAAGCGGAACAAAAAAGGAGAGAAGAAUGGCAAGGGUUUACGUCAUUUCUCUAUGAAGGUUUGUGAGAAGGUACAAAGAAAAGGAACCACCUCAUACAAUGAGGUGGCAGACGAAUUGGUUGCAGAAUUCAGUACCACUGAUAAUCACAUUUCACCAAAUGAAUCACAGGCUUAUGACCAGAAGAAUAUUAGACGACGUGUCUACGAUGCCUUAAAUGUCCUUAUGGCCAUGAACAUUAUCUCUAAAGAGAAGAAGGAAAUUAAAUGGAUUGGUCUACCUACUAACUCGGCUCAGGAAUGUCAGAAUUUAGAGGUGGAGAAACAGAGAAGACUUGAAAGAAUAAAACAAAAACAGUCUCAACUGCAAGAACUCAUUCUACAGCAAAUUGCCUUCAAGAACCUUGUUCAGCGAAACCGUCAGGCAGAACAACAGGCAAAUCGACCGCCACCUUCCAACUCUGUCAUCCAUUUGCCAUUUAUCAUUGUGAACACCAGCAAGAAGACAGUGAUUGACUGCAGUAUUUCGAAUGACAAGUUUGAAUAUCUAUUUAAUUUUGACAAUACUUUUGAAAUUCAUGAUGAUAUAGAAGUACUAAAACGAAUGGGAAUGGCUUGUGGGCUAGAAUCUGGAAGCUGUUCAGCAGAGGACCUAAAAAUUGCAAGGAGUUUGGUUCCUAAAGCUCUGGAACCAUAUGUGACAGAAAUGGCUCAGGGAUCAAUCAGUAGUGUAUAUGUCACAUCUUCAUCAGGUUCUGCGUCAAAUGGCACAAGAUUUUCAGCCAGUGACUUUUCCAAUGGUGGAGAUGGGAUGUUGGCUACAAGUUCCAAUGGAUCUCAGUACAGUGGCUCCAGAGUUGAAACACCAGUUUCUUAUGUUGGGGAUGAUGAUGAUGACGACGAUGACUUUAAUGAAAAUGAUGAUGACGACUGAUGCCCUUUGCUUGUAGACUAUUUUUUGUUAAAAUUCAGCAAGCUUCAGGAAUAAAUUGUUCUAGGGAGAAGUGUCUCAAAUUACUUUGCCCCAUCUCUCAAGGAGAAUAUUGGUAAGCAGUUCUGAGUUUAGAAAUUGCACCUCUGAUAAGCAAACAAGGAUUGUUUUAUGUAGGAUAUUUUUAAAUGUGGUGUGGAUGUGUGUUUUUGAUACCAGUGUGUUAAUGCAGAGCCUUUAUUUACUCUUGUUUUAGGGGGUUUUGGUUUGUUGGUUGUUCUUUGUUUGAGGUUUGGUUUUUUUGUUUGCUUUUUUUUUUUUUUUUUACUUGAAGGAAAAUGGAUUUUGCCCCAAAUGUUCUUGCAAAGUUUGCUAAAGAAAAUGUAGACACGUCAUUGAGAAAUAAAAUGCUGUCCUUCUGUGGAAAAUGAAUACACUGAAUGGCAAUUUAUUUGGAGUGUAUUUUGAUGAUGCCACUUUUUGAGGGAUAGUGAGCUAAUGUAGUAGUGUUUUUUUGUUAUUCACGCAGUGUCCAAAGAACCAAACAAGAAAGAUACGUCCUACUUUUUUACAUGUUAAAAUUGCAGAAAUGUUUUGUGAACUUAUUUUCCCUUAAAUUAUAGCUAACGUUACUAUUCCAUCAAGUUUAUAUACUUUUCACUGUAUGUUGGGACAUUGAAUUGCAAAGAUUUUGGCAAAUGUUUACUGCCAGUUGGUGCAGCUAUAUAAAAUGUCUUGAAGGUUUGGAAUGAUUUAUUGCUUAUGGUAAAAUUUGCCUGAUUUCUUACAGGCAGACUUUGGAAACUUUUUAUUAUAUAGUUGUUUACAUACUUAUAAGUCUAUCAUAUAAAGACAUGUACUGAAACAAAUGUUUGUAUUUGUUUCAUAAGCAUCUUCCUGUAAUCUAUUAUAAAGUUGAAAUUAAAUAUAGAGAAUGUUUUAAGUUUUUUAACUCAAAAUUUGUCAAUCAUUUUUAAUAGUUCAUUUUUAUAAAAGGAAUUUCAGGGCAGGUGGUAGUCUUUUUAAAUUUAUUCACAAACAAUUAACUGCACAAAUACUGUCAGCUGCCUAUUCUAAGACAGUAGUCUUUUUGUUGAAACACAAAUAAACUUUUCUGUAAUAUUUUAUGGAAUAUAAAGAGACUAUAAUUGUUUGACUUGUUUAACCUUGGCACUGUUAGUUUUUAUUAAUAAAACGCGCAUGGGCAUUUUUAACAA